AUGCUGCUGCAGAUACGUGAAUGUGUCUUCUCUUCUACUGAGAGUGGUCAAGAGUUUGCUGCUCUUCAUGGGCGUGUCCAAUGGUUCCUUCAUUGGUUUAUUGAAUCUGCAUCGUCUAUACACCCCGAUCCUCAAUGGUCUGUCUUGCUGCCUGUUAUUGUAUAUAUUGAUAAAAAAAAAGAUCAGCAGCAGCAGCAGCAGCAGCAGCAGCAGAAGCAGCAGCAGAAGCAGCUAGAGCAAGGGGAACAGCAAGAACAACAACAACAGCAAACCAUUGAAUUAAGUCUCCUUCCUGCUGCUAAGAAGUGCAUAGAGUCUAUGCGCACUAAUAAGGGGACUAGUGGUUGUAUAGUUGGUCCCCCAGCAGCAGAAGGAGACACAAAAGGAGACAGUGCAUACACCGCGCUUCCUGUCUUUGCUGCUUAUCCUGCUGCAUCUGCUGCUGUUGCUGCAGAUAAUGCAGCAGCAGCAGCAGCAGCAGCAGCAGCAGCAUCAACAGGGCAGCGCAACACCAACAGCAAAAAAGGAGGGACUUCUACUCGUGGGACAAAGAAAGAGAAAGGAUCUUCUGCAGCAGCAACAGCAGCAGCAGCAGCAGAGACAGAAGAAGCAGCAGCAGCAGCAGCAACAGGAGCAGCAGCAGCAUCAUCAUCAUCAUCAUCAUCAACAGCAGCAGCAGGAGAUUGUAAAGGAGAACAAGAUGAGCAUGCACCGGAUGCAUUACAGCUUCAGCCCCACAACAGCAGCAACAGCAGCAGCAGCAGCAGCAGCAGCAGCAGCAGCUGGGAAUUAGCGGAGUUUGUCUAUCAAGAUAUUAUUCUUGACCCAAAGGUUAUUGAGUUUACAGUAGAGGAUCCUGCUACAUCUUUUUGUCAAUUGCGGGAUGUUACAACUUUAAAAUUAUCAAUCGAUCUGGGGAUCGUCUCCCCGGAUAUGUUAUACCCUAAUCAGCUGCAGCAGCAGCAGCAGCAGCAACAGCAGCAGCAGCAGCAGGAACAGCAGCAACAACAAAACAGCUGCAGCAGCAGCACCACCAAGGGUAUACAACACUGCGCUCCUCCUGGGGUACCUUGCCCUGAAUGCUUUAGGAGAGUUCUUAAGGAGACAAAGGCACAAGCCAUCAGAUUAUCGGAGAUUUUAUCUCUUGCUGCUGUUCUUCCUGAUCCUCCCCCUGAGCUGCAGGAGGAGUCUCCUUCUAGCAGCAGCCGCAGGGAUUGGAGACACCCUGUAGCGGACUCUGCUGCUGCUGCUGCUGGUGCUGCUGAUACACAGCAGCAGCAGCAGCAGGAUACGGCAGCAGCAGCAGGACAAGGAUCCGCAGCUGCUGCCCGCCGACCCUGUGCAAGCGGGGGCUCGGCUCGUCCGGUAUCUUCGAAGCGUCCUGGUGGUGUUGGUGUAGGUAGCAGCAGCAAGACAUCACCAUUAGGAAGCAGCAGCAGCAGCAGCAGCAGUAGCAGCAGCAGCAGCAGCAGCAGCAGCAGCAGUAUAUUUGCAAAAGGAAUAGAUUGUGCUGCUGCACGUAUAAAGGUAAAAAAAAGAUUAAAAAAAGAUAAUUAUGAUUUUUUAUCUGAAUUACCCCUACAACAACAAAAAACUGAAUUAGAUAAAAAAUGGAUGGAAAUCUAUCAUAUGUAUUAUAGGACAAUAGUAAAGCUGCGGAAACUUGUUGGUAAGAAACCAGCAGCAGCAGUAGAGGAGACAACUGCAGCAGCAGCAGCAGCAGCAGAUACAGAGGCAGCAGCAGGAGAUAAAGCAGCAGCAGCAGCAGCUGAGGAAACACCAGCAGCACAGGGAGACGCAACAUCUGCUGCUGCAUCUGACGGAGCAGCCCAAGAGACAGCAGCAGCUGCACCGGCAGCAGCAGCAGCAGCAGCAACAACAUCAACAGCAGCAGCAGCAGCAGCAGAAUCAGCAACAGCAGCAGGAGGUGGGAGACUAAAGAAGCAAAGGACAACUGCAUGCGGGGUAUAA